AUGGUAAAUGAUCUGCUGGAGUACUACGGGUGCCUUUUUCGAGAACAGACUUCAAUAGUUUCAGUUAUUAUACGCUUUUUGUUCCUGAAUGGACACGUCGGCGUGGUGUACUCAUGCUUGGCUUACAAUAAACUGGGCUACUGUGAAAGUCCAGUUCUCUAUGUGUUAUCAGCGCAUGAUUCUAUUGACCAUACUGAGCUUACUGUAUUGGAAAGGAUCGCGAACAGUGUCUGUUUUCCCGCCGAGCACCUUGUGCACGCUUCCGUCUAUGAUGAGUGCAUCAUCGAUAACUACAACGUCAAAAUUGGCAGCUCAUCAUGUGCCACGAUCAGCAUUCCGGCACCGUCAUCCAGCAAUGAAACAAAAAUAAUGGAAGAGUUGAGGCGUCGUUUUCGUAAGAACACUUAUUUUGCAAUUGCAUCGAGUAUCGCAAACCAGACCGGGUAUUUACUGCGAUUUGAUAAUGGCAGAGCAUGGAAAAUCUACGACGCGUAA